AGCUACCUUUUAACUCAGGGGAAAUGUUGUGGUUCCAGUUCUGUGUAAAAAAUGGCAGCUCAGCUGGCCUGACUGUAUGUGAAGGGUUCUUGAAAGCCACCUCUGUAUCAGUGCAGGGAUAAGAGCAAAUUACAUAAUGUUUUUUGGGCAAAAAAAAAGUUCUUCUCAGAUUUUAGUAAUGUCAAGCUCAAUUGUGGCUUUGUUUUGCCCUGCAAGUCUGAGUAUUGUUAUUACUACUGGGGAUGGGGCUGUAUGCCUGUGCAUGCUUCGUCCGUAUCGGUGUGCUUCCAUUGGUCACCCAGAACUGAUCUUCUUGUUUUGUGGAUAGUUCAUUGUAUUUCUUCAAUCAGUUUACCACCGAUUUAUUUAAAGUAGCCAUAGUAAGUGACAGAAACAAUGUGUGUGCAAGCCUAUGUAUUCCUCGAGUGAAUCUCACUGUUAUCAUAGUGAUAAUCUGUAUGUGUUGGUGCUGUGGAUACAUACAUUGAGUACUGACAUUGCUUUUUCUGUCUCCAUCUUCAUCCUUUCUGUAUCGUGCUAUCCCAACCCAAAUGUUUGGGCAUGCAUAACAUCAGCAUUUGUGUUUAAUAUCCCUGAAAUGCACAGCAACAUAGGAACGGUGCAGGACUGAGGAGAGUAAAUAUGCAUAAAAUUGGAAUCUCCUUUGGUUAUUUUACUUUGUUAGUUAUGCAUGUUUGGCAUGUAUGAGAGAGAGAUAUGUAUUUGACAGACCUCAGAGUUAUUUGUGUUUGUUUACAGAAAUUUACAUUCUGUAUUUGAAAUCACUCUAGCUCCUGUGUAUUUGGUCAUUAAAAUCUUUCAUGUUAUUUUAAAUUCAGUGCUUGUAGUUUAUCUAUAAUCCUUGGCAGGUACAGUAGCUCAGUGGAAUACAAUUUUUAACCCAAAUAAUGUUUUUGGAACAAUGACAACUGAAAAACGUUUUCUUUUUUUUCUUUCCUUCUUUCUUCUUUAGAUUCUUUAUCUUUGUUCAGGAGCCUAAGGUUGCUUGCUGAUCACAAGAAGAUGUUUCUGUGGCUCUUUCUGGUUCUGUCAUCUCCAGUUUCUUCUACAACUGCAGAUGCUGAUAUAUCUGUGGAAAUUUGCAAUGUUUGCUCCUGUGUGUCAGUUGAGAAUGUACUCUAUGUCAACUGUGAGAAGGUUGCAGUCUACAGACCAAAUCAGCUUAAACCACCAUGGUCUAAUUUCUACCACCUCAACUUUCAGAACAACCUGCUAAUUAUUCUAUAUCCAAAUUCCUUUCUUAAUUUUACACAUGCAGUGUCCUUGCAACUGGGUAAUAAUAAGUUACAGAAUAUUGAGGGAGGGGCCUUUAUGGGUCUCAGUGCAUUAAAACAGUUGCACUUGAACAACAAUGAAUUAAAGAUUCUCCGAGCUGACACUUUCCUUGGCAUAGAGAACUUGGAGUAUCUCCAAGCUGACUACAAUUUAAUCAAGUUUAUUGAACGGGGAGCCUUCAAUAAGCUUCACAAGCUGAAAGUCCUGAUCCUUAAUGACAAUCUGAUUUCAUUCCUUCCCGAUAAUAUUUUUCGAUUUGCUUCUCUAACCCAUCUGGAUAUACGAGGGAAUCGAAUACAGAAGCUUCCAUACAUUGGAGUUCUGGAACACAUUGGUCGCAUUGUCGAAUUGCAGCUGGAAGACAACCCCUGGAAUUGUACUUGUGAUUUGUUGCCUUUGAAAGCGUGGCUGGAGAACAUGCCCUAUAACAUCUACAUUGGAGAAGCGAUCUGCGAAACACCCAGUGACUUGUACGGAAGGCUGCUGAAAGAAACCAACAAGCAGGAGCUGUGCUCCAUGGGGACAGGGAGUGAUUUUGAUGUGCGCAUUCUGCCUCCCUCGCAGCUGGAGCCCGGUUACAGCACACCCAACGGCCACACCACUCAAACAUCAGUGCACAGAUUAGUCACAAAGCCGCCAAAGACUACAAACCCUUCGAAGAUUUCGGGGAUAGUGGCAGGCAAAGCGUUAUCUAAUCGCAAUCUCAGUCAAAUCGUAUCUUACCAGACCAGGGUGCCUCCUUUAACGCCUUGUCCAGUCCCCUGUGUUUGCAAAACGCAUCCUUCAGACUUGGGAUUAAGUGUAAAUUGCCAAGAAAGAAAUAUAGAGUCAAUGGCCGAACUCAUACCAAAACCUUUAAAUGCCAAGAAACUGCAUGUAAAUGGCAAUUAUAUUAAGGACGUGGACACGACAGAUUUCAUUGAGUUUGAGGGGCUGGAUUUGCUACAUUUAGGCAGCAAUCGGAUUUCGGUGAUAAAAGGAGAUGUUUUCCGCAACCUUACAAAUUUACGGAGAUUGUAUCUCAACGGCAAUCAGAUAGAACGCCUGAGCCCAGAAAUGUUUGCUGGCCUCCACAACUUGCAAUAUCUGUAUUUGGAAUACAAUGUUAUCAAAGAAAUCCUAGCAGGCACUUUUGACUUAAUGCCAAAUUUGCAGUUGCUCUACCUGAACAACAACCUUCUCCGAAGCUUGCCAGCGUACAUUUUUGCUGGUGCACCACUUGCUAGACUGAAUCUGAGGAACAAUCAUUUCAUGUAUUUACCUGUAAGUGGCGUUCUUGAUCAGCUAAAAUCUCUUACACAAAUUGAUUUGGAAGGUAAUCCAUGGGACUGCACUUGUGAUUUAGUUGCUUUAAAACUGUGGCUUGAAAAACUAAAUGAGGGUAUUGUAGUGAAGGAAUUGAAAUGUGAAACACCUGUACAGUUUGCUAACAUUGAACUUAAGUCUCUGAAAAAUGAGAUCCUCUGUCCUAAGCUUCUAAACAAGCCAUCUGCUCUGUUCACCAGUCCUAUGCCCCCUAUUACUUUUACGACGCCACCGGGACCAGUUCGGAGUCCUCCUGGUGGCCCAGUUCCAUUGUCCAUCCUAAUCUUAAGCAUAUUAGUUGUGCUUAUUUUAACGGUGUUUGUUGCUUUUUGUCUUCUUGUUUUUGUGCUUCGGCGCAACAAAAAACCAACUGUAAAGCAUGAAGGGAUUGGGAAUCAAGAAUGCAGUUCUAUGCAACUGCAGCUAAGAAAGCACGAUCACAAGUCAAACAAAAAAGAUGGACUAGGUGCAGAGGCCUUCAUUCCGCAAACCAUUGAGCAGAUGAGCAAAAGUCAUACCUGUGGCUUAAAGGAGUCUGAAACGGGCUUCACGUUUGCUGACCCACCAGGGCAGAAAGUCAUUCUGAGAAAUAUUAAUGACAAGGAGAAAGAUUUAUUGCAUGUGGAUACCAGAAAAAGACUUAGCACAAUCGAUGAACUGGAUGAGUUAUUCCCUGGGAGGGAUUCCAAUGUAUUUAUUCAAAAUUUUCUUGAAAGUAAAAAAGAAUACAACAGCAUAGGGGUCAGUGGCUUUGAAAUACGUUAUCCAGAGAAACUACAAGACAAAAAAAACAAGAAGUCUCUAAUAGGUGGUAAUCAUAGUAAAAUUGUAGUAGAACAAAGGAAAAGUGAAUAUUUUGAACUGAAGGCUAAACUUCAAGGUUCACCAGACUACCUACAAGUCCUUGAAGAACAAACAGCUUUGAAUAAAAUAUAGGUCAUACAAUCUUAUUGCCUACAGAGGACAUUUAUUUAAUGAUGAAAGUGCCUUUUGUUGACUUUUAACUUCCAAAUACUAUAUUAUAUUGAUAGGCAUAGAGGCAGGUGUAUCCAAGGGUGUCUGAUUAACUGUAGCUGCAUAUGAUUUCUCAAGUAGAGGAGAAUUUCCUUAAUAGAUUUUACUACAUAAAGCUCAUGCCCUGUGGAAUCCUGUAGGGAUACUGCAAACUCUAUUGCCAAAGGGAUGCUUUAUACACGUUACACUGAAUUUAACCUCAAGAGGCAUAUAUGUUUUGUACCUUAAAUGCAAAACCAUCGUCUCCUUGUGAUUUGUUAGAACAAACACAAGAAACCUGGUACUGGUAUUUGUACCUCAGCUGGGUCCUUCAUCCUGCACGUGGAUUUAAGUUGGUGGAACUGGAGUAAUCCUUUGAUUUGUGGUGUUGUAAUGGCACUGUUUAAAGAUUAUCUGGAAAGUAACAAGCAUGCAAAGAGAGAACAUUCGAUAGUAUGUGUAAAUUGGUUACAUUUAUGGCCUGCAUCUUGAAACCACUGGAAUUAUAAUGUUAAAUUGUGCAAAUAUUUGUUUAAAAUAUACCAUGCAUUACAUACCUAUGAAAUAAAUUUGACCACUUGAAGCAUACAUGUCUAUACAUAAAAUUAAAGAAAAAAGAAAGAAAGUAGUUCAACCUGACUUCUGCAGUAUUUGUGGCAUCUGAAGAAAAUAUUUGAUGUUUAUGCAGAAUCUGUCUUAAGACUUAUCUCCAACUAAAACUAGAGUUCCUUCUCAGUUAUGUGAAACACUUGCAACCCCAACAGGUUGUCCAAAAUUGUCAGAGUGCUUACUGUGUGAGCGUAGCAGAAAUUAUUUUUGUAAUAUAAUUCAUAUUUAUGAAAUACUUUGUAUACUAAAUAGGAAAAAUAUGUACUCCUUAAUAUGUAUUUAAUAUGCCUGACUUGUUUUCCUGAUCACAAUGCAUUAAUCAUUCAGUAUAAAUAAAACCAGAACAAUAUACCAAACAGAAACUGGGGCUGUAAUGUAUAGAAUUAUCCAGAAUUAAGUGAUCAGAUAUAAUAAUAAUAAAAUUGUUCUGUACUAUUCUUGUGAAAUUAGCAUAUUAUCUUAUUUCAGAUUUGUUACCAAUGGUGCAUUUUAAAAUAGAUUCAUUAGUUUUUUAGUAUUGUGUCUCAGGCAAUUAUUUGCCAUCAGUUGUCUUGCUUUUCCAGGUUCUACAGGUUAAUCUAAAUAGUUUUCACUUCAAGUAUUUACAGGAAUUCAUGGUAAGGGUAAUAUUUUAAUUGUAUAUGCAUAAGUUUUCUGUUCGUAUAUCUGUCUGGCUGCUGUCAGUCAGAAAAAAUUGAUCAGAACAGUGAACAAUAUGGCAAAUCAUGUCUGUUUAAAACCACAGUGUAAAAUGAAUACAGUGGUCUCAGUUCAGAAUAUUGUGUAGCUCAUAUCUACAGAGUAAAAACUUGCCUUUGUGAAAGUUGAAUCUGAAUAGCUGGGAAAAAAAAAAAGUAGGAGAAUGGAAAAUCCACACUUGUGUCUCAGUGAUAGAUGUUACCUUGAGAUGAGAAUGGAGAUAUAUUGGUAAAGCAUCAUACAGCAAAUCUAUACUGUCAGAUUAACAAAACUUUGACUUGAAAAGGAAAAUUUUCAUUCAUUUCAAGGGUUUUUGUAUAAGACCCUCUCUCUCCUUUGCUUCCAGAACCUUCCCACACACAUGUACCUUUUAUAAUGAAUACAUCAAUCAGUUAAGAUUAGUAGGGUAUAAACAUGAAUGUUUCUAAUGAAUUUGAAACUAGCAAAUAUUAGAGCAAGACCCAAUAAUAAUACUGUGGAGAAGGCUGUGUCAGCUAUUUCCAUUAUAAACCUCUAAUUUCAAGGGUUUAUGACAUUGCUGUGAAUCUUUUUUUCAGGAAUUAUAUUUGGCAAACAGCCUGCAGUAUAUUUUUAACAAAGUUUACAAAAAAAAAAAAAUUGCACUGCUUCUAUAUUUAAGAGACAGCAAAACAACAACAUUUUUCUACUUUCAGAAUUUGUUUAUGCUCUUCUAACUUAGAAAUAGGUUUUAUUCUUUUUCUCCAUACUACAAAGUAUAUACAUUAUUUCAGUUAAUAAAAUUAUAAUAGAUAAAUUAAUGGCUGAGUUUCUUUCAAAAAGCUGCUGCUAGCCAUGCACAACAAUUGGUUUCAUGCAGGAUGUCAUAGGGAUUUUCAGGACAUGGAUUCUAUGUACAUACAUGUUUCUAGCAUAAAAAGUUCUUGGUUGACCAAUGAUACAAUACAUGGCCAAGAACUGAAUAAGAACAUUUGAGCUUAUUGUGUCAAGAGUCUGUGGUUUAAAGAGUGUGCACUGACAUGAUAACCUUAGAGCGGCUCCAUCAGUAGGCUAAGAAUAAUGGGUGCUAAACAGGGCUGCAGGGCUUCAAGGAUGUGUAAAGGUUCACUGGGAUUUGGCAAAGCAUAAGGCUACUGAUGCUUUAGUACAUUGUCAGAGACUAUCAAAUUCCCAUAUCCCACUCUUGAGAGGCAUGUGUUAAAAAUAGUAAAAAAUAGCAAAUGAACUAAUACUUUUAAGUGAUGUUAAAACUGUUGUGCUUGUGACACAUGUUGCCCUGAGUUCAAAGAGCAAUGCUAAAUGAUCAUACCUUCCUCAGCUACGAAUUGAGGGGUUUGGUUUUGUUUUGUGUCAUGAUUUGGUUGGUUUGGGUUUUUUUGGUGGUGAGGUCUUCUGUUCGCUGAUGAAAAAGAGGAAGAACUGAACCAUUACAUUGUACCAUUCCAUUGGGUCAGAUUUUCCUGCUCAUUGAAGUCCCAAUCCAGUAAAGCAUUUAAGUUCAACCUAAAUCAUGUGCAGAAGUACUAUGCAUGAGCUAAUAAUUAAAGACCAGCCCAAGAGUGGGGCUUAGAGUUUUGUCAUUGAAUUCAAAAAAACCCAGCUCAAAACCAUUGUAUGUAAUACAUAGAGUCCAGUGACUCUUUUGGGAUUAUGCUGUUGAGUGUAGGUUCACCAGCAUCAGUAAAGGUUACACAAUCUGGACCUUCCUGUAGAAAUUGUUCCCAAGUGUUUUACAUACAUGGUGCAAUACGUAGGCAUAAUAGUGUGAGUGAAGAACGCAGAAGUUGGCAAGACACUCUAUUUCUGUGACAUUGUUACUUUGAAUGACAACCUUAAUGCCAGUCUAUUUCCUCCAUGUGUUGAAACAGAGUAUGUGUCUGCACAGCAGUUUUAGUGUAAUGUCCAUUCAAAUCUAUAGUCAGUCUGUCUGGAAGGGUGACUCCUCAGAUGUGACUUAACAGAUCCGUCUGUUCAUGAUACUGGUUUGAGUGGUCAUGCUUGUAAAAUGACUGCUAAGACCCAUAGACAUAAAUUAAAUCAGUGAAGGUGUUAACAUAACCUGUUGUCUUCAUUGUACUAUAAAGAAGUUUCCAUUUUUAAAUAAAAUCAAUAAAGUAUAAUCGUUUCCUUGAAAAAGAAAAAAUUUGUGCAAUUUUAUCAGAAAGCAACUACCACGGUGCAAGAACACAAGACCAUUAGAUGACUUACAUUUUGCAUUUAGUGUUCAAGAUUGACAAUAAUAUAGAAAUCUAGUACAAAAGUUUUUUGGUUUUUGUUUGGUUUUUUUUUUAAAGCCAUAAUGACAAAUUAUAAAAGGCAUGGCCUUGUGAACAAUGUUAACAAAUGCUUCAGAAUCAACAAAACACAUCCAGAACUUGAUGGUGGUAUAUUAUCUAUAAUAUCUUUUGCAUGGUUUGUACAUUGAUAUUGUAUGAAAUGAGCACAGUGAGAUUUAUUUUUUUUUGGUUGCAUCCAAAGAGUUAGGAAGGAAAUAUGACAAGAAUGUAUUUAUAAUCACUCUAUUUUGAAAUAAAGUAAAGAAAACAAAAUGUAUUGGUUUUACCCUGCUUCGAUCAUUACUAUUAUAGAUUAGUUUAUAAUUGAGAUAGUUACUUAUAACAUCCCGUUUAAUGUAAAACACAGAAAGCUGUUGUUUAUGAAUUUUGUUUGCCUUCAGCAACAUCAAAAUAUUAGCAAAUGUCGACUUAAAAAUUUGUAUGAAAUAUUAAUAAAAUCGUUUGGUACUAUUGUAUUUCUGAAACUAGACUUUUUUAAGUGCCUGUAAUAUUCUCUUUUGGAUCAUUUGUAUAUGUAUGAAAGAGAAUCUAUGACGUAGUUAAACAGUAAUGCUUUCUAACCACCCUGACAAUUUGUUGUUAUUUUUUGUGGCAGUUUUUCCCAUCUUCUGUCUACCAAAAUCCUCCUUGCCUCUGUUUUACAAAUAGUCCCUCCAAAGUCAGUGACAUUUUUUUGCAUUACUAACACAAGCAGAAUUUAGUUUUUAGUUGGAUUUGGAGAUCUUCAGCACAGAAAUGCUUAGAGGAACAAUCAUGUAAUGCUAGGGGCAUUUGUUUUGAUUCUGCUCCCUUCUCAUUAAUCAUUUUGGAUAAGACACGAUUUUUCAGAGGAAAGAAAAGUUGUUUAUCCUUAGCAAAAAGAAAAAUAACAAUUCAUAUACCAUUUCAAUUUGUUAGGUUAGUUUUAUAAAUGAAAGUUGAAAAGAUGUCUUUAGAUAGUUGUAACUUCCAAAUUUAGAUUUGAUAGUAAAAAUGUUUUACGAAGCCUUAUAAAAGCCUUCAUGGGAGGCGAGAAGAGCAGGAACAGAAUUACAUCUAGAUUAAACAUACCCUGUUGUGUAGGAUUUAACAUGCAUUAUAGUGGUGGUGAAUGAGAAUAAGAAUGUGAUAUGGACUAGAAAAUCAGGACUUGAUUCAGAUUUUUUUUUCACUGCCAGUUGCAGUGUAACGUUAGGAGCAAACGCACAGCAUUAAUUGAAAAAGGCCUAUGUAUAUAUUCCAUAGAAUUUCUUUCUAAAGAAAAACUUGAAAAUGAAGAGUAAUUAUUCAUGUGUUGAAAAUGUGUGCACCAAUUUCCUGAAUGUAGAGGAACUUGAUCGCUUUCUGUUAGUAAGUUUUUCCAUUACUUAAUCUUUAUUUCUACUUGUAAUUCAUUCAUCCUUAUGUAUUCUGAUUGAUGCUGUGUUGAAAAAUAAAGAUAGGAAUGUUAAUGCUCAGGGACAAACUCAUCUCAGAAAUUUAUCAAUGUAAAUCCAGACUUAACAGACUUCAAUGGCAUCAGAUCAGCCUUACCCUAGUGAACACAAAAGCAUCAAUUUACCAUAUUAGGUGAGCUGAUCUAUCUGCUAUUGAAAUAAAAAAUAAGUAAUUUUUUACUUGAAAUAAAAUGUAAUCUUGCUUUAUGCUCUGUUGAUUUGUGUGGUAAAGCUGUUACUAGUUUCAAAUAACUAUAGGGCAGAAUAUAGAGUAGGUGCAGUCCUGUGUCCGUUUGAUGUCAGUGGAACUCUACAGUGGUUCAAGAGCUGUGAGCAUCCUGUAGAUGUACUACAGAUACAAAACUAUAUGUGUUUGCCGGUUUCGUACAUAGACUUGGGAUAUACAUCUCAUAAAAUAAAAAAUGCUAUCUUAACAAUACAAUUUAUUUUCUCCAUAUAAUGGAACAAACUUACCAUGUUCUUCUUUCUCAUUAAGUAGGGACUUUAUUGAAAUAUAUUUAUUUUACUUUUAAUUUUAUUCAUAUUCAUUAGGUAUUGAGAUAUUUAUUGUCUGAAAACAGUACCUUUUGGGCAGUCUGUUAUUCUUAAAAUGCCAGUUACGAGUAACAGGCUGAUGCUGUAUUAUGUUGAUUUUCCAUUCUCUUGCUGGGAAUUCUGAUAGUCAUUUAACACUAAAUAAUUUCUUAAAAGCUCACAUAAUAAUCAAGUAAAAAAAAGAGACCUAGCUGAUACGAAAUCUGAUUUUUUGUAUGUGUGUACGUGAAGGCUUAAAAUACUGUAAAUCAACUCUGAUUGUCCCUUUGGUAUUUGCUUAACCAGAAAACAAAAGGUGAUCUCUGUAUGGUUUAGUAGUAUUUUUGCAUAUGUGCAUUAACAAGUCUUCCUCAGUUUCCCUCAUCCACAAACAUUUAAUUUCUUGAUUUAAUUUAAUGUAAUUUCCUAGAAAUUACCUUCCAGGGCAUCCUUCCAUUUCAUGCUCUCACUUCACCUUCAACGUGCCCAGUCCCUUACAGCUGAAUGUUUGUCUAGACACUUGAUUAAUAGUAGUUUCCAAAGAGGGAAAGGAGUAGGAUUUAUCUAUUUACAAAAACCAGCUAAAAAAAUGCUAACUGUAGGAGAUUGUCCUGGAUGGUUUCUGAGUCAUGUCAGAUGAUGUAGAAUCCAAAACAGAGGAGUAGGAAAUAUUUUAAGCUUCCGUUAGGAAGAUUCAUGCUGGGCUUUUGAAGCUGGACAAUCAUGGCUUUUCCCGACCGUAAGGUGUACAGUGUGAAGUAUAUGGGAUUCUGUGAACUCAGUCCUGACAGUCAGGCUGUGGGCUAGGUCCUGUAGACAUAUGCACCCACUUACCCAGACUAGGUUUUGGUGUCACUAUUCACUGAAAAGUCUUGGACAAAUCAUUCAGGUUAAACCAGAUGUUUUACGUAUUUCUUAACAAGGUUUUUAACUGAGGUGUGGGUUCACUUGUGUGUACACUGGAUGCUAUUUGGGUAUGGAGGUUAGUCCAUACGUAAUGUUUGUUGAGCACUUUCUUUGGUAGAGUCUCUCUUUGUGAGAUACAUUAGUGCUCACAUCUGAGAUGCUGCACAGUCAUUACAUCUCAGUGAGCCAAGUCACAAAGGGCAGAGCAUUUUGACAGAUUUUGAGCUCUUCACUGCAAGAAACUACAGAAAAUUAUGUACCAUACAGCAGAUUUCCUUGCUCCCUGGGAGAAUCUCAUAGACACUCUGAGUCCUUUUUGGCAGAGUAUUCUUCUUAUCUACAUAUCACAAAUAAGACUCCAGGUCACCAGUCUGCUAUAUGUAUAGUCUGUGUUUGUUUAUACCCAAAACGAAUUCAGUGGAGAAGGGUGGGAGAAGAACUUUAAUUCUUUUCUGAAAAGCAAAAUGGCCUAAAUCUGAUUUUUUUCAGGAUUGACAGAGAAAAAUACAGGUAUUUUAAAGAAUUGUCACAUUGUUGGGCAAUAUCUGUAUUUAGAAAGUCUGCAUUUAGGAAGUAUUUUACUAAGAGAAAGAGAAAGCAAGCAGUUGGGGUAAUAUUUUUAGCAUACAGCUUUUCAGCUUGUUCCAUUCUUGGGUUAGUAUAUGCCCUGAGAGCCAAGGGACUCACGUGUGUGGCUCAGGCCACAGUUUAGCUGCAAAGAUACAUCCUAAAUGUCUUGCUGCCUUUUGUGUGGUAGAAAUGAAAUGCAAGGUUUUGAACGUUCCCUCUCUUAUUUGCUUUAAUGGAAGCUGGAUCAGUUAGUGUUCUUCAGGACCAGUCUUUAAGCUCCUGUUGAGGUGUUUCUACAAUUUGAUGAAAUUAGCAACACGAGUACAAAUGUCAUACAAGGGGGUGAUGCCUUCGGAUGGGAUUAACACUUUGAAAUAAUUGGGGUUCUUAGUGUCUCUUUCUUAAAUAUUUCCAUGUGGUUGCACUGUUUUAUCCUCAUGAAGAUUGUUACUUUGGGGAUCAGUUCAAUAAAUUGGUAGUUUUACAAAUGUGAUCAGGAGAUUGUAUCCAAAUGUACAGCAAAAAACUUUGCUUUUAAUUCUCUUCAUUUUCUAAGAUGUAA